GGAGGAGAAGAACAGGAGGAGGAGAGAAGGAGGAGCAGGCAGGAGAGAGAGAGGGGGGAAGCUGAGAAAGUUGGGGAGGGAGUAAAGGGUUCGAGUAGAUGGGAGGACGGAAGGAAAGGAUCUCUCCGUGGGCUCAAGUGCGCGAUUAAAGGAUCCUGCGCGAAUAAACAAAAGCGGGUCAAGCCGCCCCACCAGCAAUCAAGUUUGAUACCCGCGUGCGCGCGCGCUGCCGCGUGGCGUGGACGCGCCCCGGAGCGGAUUGUGUCGUCCGUCACCGUUCGACUCCCACUCGUCAUGUUAUUCCUCUCAAGUCUCUCGGAGUGCCUGUGACUUGUGUCGAGAGUCCAACUGCUCCGAAGCGUGCCCCGGAAGAGAGAAGUCCCUGAGUCAAGGCGGAGGAAACCAACGUCGAGGUCCGCGGUUCGUCCCUCGCCAGGAGCCCCCCGCUCGACUUCGCCGGGGUUAAGGCGUUGGCACCCGGGCAGAGUCCCUCGCCAUGGCCGGGGCCAAGCCGGGAGUCCACGCGCUGCAGCUCAAACCCGUGUCCGUCCACGAGGAUCUCAAGAAGGGCGGUAAAUUCAUCAAAUGGGACGAGGAGCCCAGCAGCAGUCCCCCCACCCUGGUGACCCUGAAAGUCGACCCAGAUGGAUUCUUCCUCUACUGGACGGGAGGCGCCAACAUGGAGGUGGAGAUACUGGACAUCAGCAGCAUCAGGGACACCAGAACAGGAAAAUACGCCAAGCAACCAAAGGACCCCAAGGUACGAGAAUUGCUGGGCUUCGGCAAAGGCGACAACGUGGAAGGGAAGCUGGUCACCGUCGUCCACGGCAACGACCUGGUCAACAUCUCCUUCCUCAACUUCCAGGCUAUGCAGGAAGACAAGGCCAAGAUUUGGACUGACGAACUGUUCACUUUGGCCACAAACAUACUUUCCCAGAACGCGUCAAGGAACACGUUCCUCUUCAAAGCGUACACCAAGUUAAAGUUGCAGGUGAAUCAGGAAGGCAAGAUCCCAAUUAAGAAUUUCCACAAAAUGUUUUUGGACAAAAGGCGAGUGGAUACGGCGCUGGAGCAGUGCGGGCUUUUCAACAACAAGAGUGACGCAAAAUCAGAUGGAUUAAAGCCAGA